GAAUCGAUAUGGCAUCUCUCCAGUGCGCCAGAAACUUGGUCUGCAAUUUCUGUUGGCAAAAUUUCUUCAAUACAGAACAGUUCCAGCUCCUUUGCUUAUGUGAAUGCGAAGGCAAUCACUGUGACAAUCGGAUCACUUGUAAGAUGACCGUCCAGCAGAUAAAUGGGUCAGCAAGCAAUGGCUGCAACUGGUGCUCAUACAUGCGGACAUUCACAUCAAGAGAAGAAGAAACUAGGGAUCCAGAUGAUGUUUUAUCCAUCUCUCUCAGCGAUUUCUAUCCAUACUAUUCCUCGCCUACUGGAAAGAACAUGUAUUACCUGAACAUGGAUUUGGAGUCUCCAAAACGUGAGACACGCGGUGGCUGGGCUCUCAGGAUUCACGCCUUUACCAAUUCGACGGAUCAAGCUGCUCCAUUUGUUACAGCGAGAGAAGUUCAAACCGAGGUAUAUUCAGAUGCAUCAAGACAUCAAAUUCGAAAUUGGCUUGCCGAAUGUGCCGAUCACAGCCAAUGCCCUGGGCAGGUUGGAACGAUUCUCCCUACCCGGGUAAUAGAGGUAGCUCCUGCGAUCUCUCCCGACAGACCUCGACUGCUCGCAACUGCCGGCAAAAAAGGAAGAUAUGCAGCCCUCUCUUACUGCUGGGGUAGCAAUUCAUACGGGGAACUCAGACGGUCUCACUUGAACAAAUACCUUGAACACCUGGACUUAGAAGUGCUUCCCCAGACACUGCGCGAUGCCAUCGCAGUUACUAAAAGCAUUUCCGUUCCUUAUCUUUGGGUGGACGCCUUGUGCAUACUUCAAGACUCGGACGAAGACAAAUCGUUUGAAAUAUCCAUGAUGGAGCAAGUCUAUAGAGGUUCUUUGGUUACUAUCGUCGCAGCGAAUUCAGAAGGAGUUACACAAGGGUUCUUACAACCACGGAAAAUGCCUAUGGAAUCUUUCAACAUCCCGUUUCGUCUUUCUGGAAGCCAAUUUGGGACCAUGUCAGUGCAGGAACUAGACGAAAGGGAAUAUGAAGAAUCCGAAGAACCUAUCAACAGAAGGGCUUGGACAUUACAAGAAAGUAUGCUUGCACACAGGUAUCUGAUCUAUUCAUCGCAUACCUUACAAUGGCGCUGUAAUGCCGGUGUACGAAACCAUGGAAAUUCCCUCCAUCUCGUACACUACUCCGACGAUGAGCAAACUUCUCGAUCAUUCUAUGCUUUGAACAAGCCCGCUUCUGAUUCGAAAGGUGAACUGGGGCGGUGGAUGCGGCUUGUGAGCGUCUAUUCAAAGCGCUCAUCAUCUCUUUCCCGUGACAAAUUGAAUGCGAUUUCAGCUGUGGCUCAAGGGUUCUCACCUCUACUAGGCCCGGAGUAUUUCGCUGGAUUGUGGCAAUUCUCGAUUUUGUGGCAACUUACCUGGGUCCUUGAAGUUAAAAGGUGUGCUGAGGCAGGGGUGGUUUAACCCUUCUGGAAAGCACAUUCUCUGGGCCGACGAAGACGAUGACAUGUCAAGGGCUAUCGAUGCUUGUUGUUUGGCUCAGUCCAGGCAAGGCAGUUCGAAGGAGGCAGAAGACAAUGAAUCAACUGAUCAGGAUUCGAGGUUCAAGGCCUUUCAUGACGAGUCAGGUAAUUGGCCUUCAAUGCAAGUCUUCUGUCUUCCAAUCUGGACUUUCGAAAAGACUAUAUCGAUAGGCUUGCUUCUCCUAAAGUCCGAGAAAGAAACGUUCAAGCGUAUUGGGUCAUUUGAAAAUGUGCCUAGAACGAAUUUUGAUCAUCUUUCGCAACGCGAGAUCACAAUUAUAUAGCUUCAAAUUGCUUCUUAAUAUUUUACGAG